AUGUCGUCCCGCCAGCCGAGGUUCAAUCAGCAGGCGCUCUAUGAUACCACCCCUCUUCCCGACGAUAUCCCCAAGGUCAAAGAGCUCGGAGCCAGCUCUGCGCCCCUUCUCAGCGCCUCCUUCUUCAUCGGUGCGCGAUGCAAAGCCUACAAUGACGACUACAUGAUGUGCAAGGUGGAGAGCAAUGGCCGGGGUGAGCUGGACUGCAUGAAAGAAGGCCGCAAGGUUACGAGAUGCGCUGCGAGCGUUAUCAAGGAUAUCAACGAGCACUGCCUGCAGGAGUUCCGCACGCACUGGCAGUGCCUGGAGAACCACAACCAGCAGCUCUGGAAUUGCAGGUCGGAAGAGCGGAGGCUGAACAAGUGCGUGUUUGACAAGCUAAAACUGGAGAAGACGAUACCAGACGCUCCAAAGAACGAGACCCCGGUCCAUCAGCGGACGCGCAAUAUCUUUGCGUCGCACUGA